AUGGCCGGAGGUGGCGGCGGCGGCGGCGGGCUCUCACCACUUGGGCCCGCACCGCCGAUGUGGUAUCACCGGGAUCUCAGUCGAGCUGCGGCCGAGGAGUUGCUGGCUCGCGCCGGGAGGGACGGCAGCUUCCUGGUACGGGACAGCGAGAGUGUCAACGGGGCUUACGCUUUGUGUGUACUGUUUCAGAAGCAUGUCCACACAUACAGAAUUCUACCGGAUGAAGAAGGAUUUUUGGCUGUGCAGACAUCACAGGGCGUCCAGCCCAAGAGGUUUAAAACAUUACCAGAGCUUGUGUCGUUGUACCUGCAGCCCAGUCAGGGUCUGGUGACUACUCUUCUUUAUGCUGUUGACCGAGAGGAAACCGCCAUCCCUGAUGACCGCGACUAUUCAGAUGGCGAGGAUGAAAAACCACCUCUCCCACCUCGCUCAGCCUCCACAUCCACUCCUCCUGUUUCAGACAUACCCUCGGACAGUGCCCCAACAGCGAAUGGUCUUAGUACUAUCUCUCAUGAAUAUCUGAAGGGCAGCUAUGCUUUAGACCUUGAAGCUGUCAAACAGGGAGCCUGCUCGCUGCCCCACCUCAACAAGACACUUGUGGCCUCUUGCAAGCGUCUCAAUGGGGAAGUGGAUAAGGUCCUGUCUGGCCUCGAGAUCCUGUCAAAAGUCUUCGAUCAGCAGAGUGCCUUCAUGGUCUCUAAGAUGAUCCAACAGUCUGUGAAUCAAGGUGGAGAUCAGGAGUUGGAGAACCUUGUGACCAAGCUCGCCAUUCUUAAAGACCUGCUUUCAUCCAUAGAGAAGAAGGCUCUGAAAGCUCUUCAGGACAUGAGCUUGUCCACCUUGUGCUCCCCUCCGCCUCUCUCCAUGCGUCACAGCAAAACUAUCCCUGUGCAGCCAUUCGAGGUCAAACUUGAUGUCUACCUGGCCGAGCUGACCAAGAUAGGGAAGAGUCAGAAAUACACUCUGUCUGUGGAUGUGGAGGGAGGUAGACUGGUAGUAAUGAAGAAGGUGAAGGACAGCCAGGAAGACUGGACAACUUUUACACAUGACAAAAUCCGUCAGCUGAUCAAGUCUCAGCGGGUGCAGAAUAAACUCGGCAUUGUUUUUGAAAAGGAAAAAGACAAGAGCCAAAGAAAAGACUUCAUAUUUGCUAGUGCCAAGAAGCGGGAGGCCUUUUGCCAGUUGCUGCAGCUGAUGAAAAACAAACAUUCCAACCAGGAUGAGCCUGACAUGAUAUCUGUCUUUAUCGGCACAUGGAACAUGGGCUCUGUUCCUGCUCCCAAAUCCGUGGCCUCUUGGGUGUUGUGCCGAGGCCUCGGAAAGACUCUGGAGGAGAUGACCGUCACAAUCCCACAUGACCUGUAUGCAUUUGGCACGCAAGAAAAUUCUGUGUGUGAUCGGGAGUGGGUGGAGUCUUUACGAGCCAUGUUGAAAGAACAAACAGAACUAGAUUAUAAACCGAUAGCAGUGCAGACACUAUGGAACAUAAAAGUCGCUGUGCUGGUAAAGCCAGAACAUGAGAACCGCAUCAGCCAUGUUGGAAUGUCCAGUGUCAAGACAGGAAUUGCCAACACACUUGGUAAUAAAGGCGCUGUGGGUGUUUCGUUCAUGUUCAAUGGAACAUCUUUUGGUUUUGUGAACUGUCACUUGACUUCAGGGAAUGAAAAAAUUGCAAGGAGGAACCAAAACUAUCUUGACAUUUUGCGUCUGCUUUCACUUGGAGACAAACAGUUGAGCUCCUUUGACAUUUCACUGCGCUUUACACAUCUCUUCUGGCUGGGAGACCUCAACUACAGACUUGACAUGGACAUACAGGAGAUCCUUAACUACAUUAACAGAAAGGAGUUUGACCCACUGUUGAAGGUGGACCAACUAAACCUUGAGAGGGAGAAAAACAAAGUAUUUUUACGCUUCGCUGAGGAAGAGAUCUCAUUCCCACCCACCUACCGAUAUGAGCGUGGCUCGAGAGACACUUAUGUAUGGCAGAAGCAGAAAGCCACUGGGAUGAGGACAAAUGUUCCAUCCUGGUGUGACAGGAUCUUGUGGAAGUCUUACCCAGAAACCCAUAUUGUUUGUAACUCCUAUGGAUGCACAGAUGACAUUGUAACGAGUGACCACUCCCCAGUAUUUGGUACAUUUGAGGUGGGCGUAACGUCACAGUUUGUCUCCAAGAAAGGGCUUCCUAAAUCUUCAGAGCAGGCUUAUAUUGAAUUUGAGAGCAUCGAAGCCAUAGUGAAAACUGCUAGUAGAACCAAGUUCUUCAUAGAAUUCUACUCCACAUGUUUGGAAGAGUUCAAGAAGAGUUACGAGAACGACAGUCAAAGUAGCGAUAAUGUCAACUUUCUCCGCUUGGGCUGGUCCAGCAAGCAGUUGACGACACUAAAACCUCUACUGUCGGAGAUCGAAUACCUUCAGGACCAACACCUGCUGCUCACUGUGAAAUCCCUGGAUGGAUAUGAAUCUUACGGAGAGUGUGUCUUAGCUCUGAAGUCAAUGAUUGGCAGCACAGCGCAGCAGUUCCACACCUACCUGUCUCAUCGUGGCGAGGAAACUGGAAAUAUCAGGGGGUCGAUGAGGGUCAGAGUCCCUGCUGAAAGGAUGGGAACCAGGGAAAGACUCUAUGAGUGGAUCAGUGUGGACAAAGAUGAAACAGGUGUACCUAAAGGGAAAUCCCUGUCAUCUAGAGCGGGACACGAAUAUGUGAAGCCACCCAUGGUUCGUAAACAGCUUGGAGAGCUGGGCAAAGUCAGCGAAGAAGGCGAGAAGAGUAGCAAGGAGGAAAUUGCUGCGAGGCCAAAGCAGGAUUCUUCUGAUGGAGAUCAGUCUGUUGGCAAGAACAGCUACAAUAACCCCGCUUACUACAUUUUAGAAGGCGUUCCCAAUCAGUCGGCCGCCGCUCUGUCAUCUGAGCUUCUCCCAUCCCCCACCUCCACCACCCCGCAGGCAACGAAAGCUCCCCCUCCCAUCUCUGUAGCCCGGACCAAACCUCCGUGUGCUCCAACAGGCUCGUCUCAUCCUCGCAGACCCAUGACAGGUCACACGGUGCGUGCCAUCAGUGAGGAGGGGUCCAUAGAGGAUGAUGGGGGAGCUUGUGUGGCAGGGCCACAAGGUGUAGCCACUGUGGGGAGCACACUGAAUCGCCCCCCUCCAGAUUUUCCACCCCCUCCGCUCCCAAAGGGAGCCAUGGAAAUGGCCAUGGAGGCAUCUUUCCUGAUGCCCCGCUCGCUUCACCCAGAUCUCGCUGAGGUCAAGAUCCCUGCGGCAGGUUCCGGUGCACCGCUGGCACUCGGGGAAAGCUUCCGACGAGGAGGUUGCGCCGUUGCCAGUGGGCCCAUCGGCGGCGGGGCGUUGGACGACCAGUCCUGUUCUGUGCUUCAGAUGGCAAAGACGCUGAGUGAGACCGAGUUUCCAGGGCAGCCUCCACGCGCUCCCUCGGCACCCCCUCCCCUCAGGGGGCAGGCCAUGGGUUUAAGUCUGGACCCCUGCCGAACCUUCCCACCCAGAAAUGCCAUCGCUGAAAGUAUUGCUGAGGAUCUUCCCGAAGAGGCCCUUUGGGGUAGCAGCAGCUCGUCUUUGUCUGUGGGGGACUCUUCAGUAGGGGAGUGGCUGCAGAGACUGGGACUUGAGAGGUAUGAGCAAGGCCUCCUGCACAACGGCUGGGAUGACCUGGAGUUUCUUAGUGACAUCACAGAGGAGGACCUGGAGGAGGCAGGAGUACUUGACCCCGCCCACAAGUGCAUCCUUCUGGAGAGUCUCAGGCAACAACAAAAACUGUAG